GCUGCUGCUGCUGCUGCUGCUGCUGCUGCUGCUGUUGGAGCCACAACCCGGGUACACCAGCUCAGUCCCUUAGAACACAGAGACCUGAGAAGGAAGGGAAGGCAGCUCCUUAGGUUUGCGUUAGAACUCCCGUUUCACCUUUCCAUCAGAUACAGACAUAGGAACUCUUAACACUGUCCCCUGCUCCCAGACACGCCCACGGUGUCCUGCACUCCAGCCCAGUGCGGCACGGGGCAGCCUGGCAGAAGGUCCUCCCUAAAGGCGAUGUUUACAGGGAUCCUAGCUCCUGCGUUGGGAAGGAGGGAGUAGGACCCAGCAGGAAAGCAAGGAAGCUGCCGGUGAGAGCCACCUCUGGUGGCCGUGCUGCGGGAGGACCUCUUCUUUCCUCAACUGGACACCUGCUGCAGAAGGCUCGCCACGAUGAUCCGCAUCCCCUCGCUAUUGCUGGGAGCUGCGCUGCUCUGCGCCCAGGGAGCCUUUGCCCGAAGGGUGGUCAGCGGUCAAAAGGUGUGUUUUGCUGAUGUGAAACAUCCCUGCUACAAAAUGGCCUACUUCCAUGAACUGUCCAGCCGGGUGAGCUUCCAGGAAGCACGGCUGGCUUGUGAAAGUGAAGGAGGUGUACUCCUCAGUCUUGAGAAUGAAGCUGAACAGAAGUUAAUAGAGAGCAUGCUGCAGAACCUGACAAAACCUGGAACAGGUAUUUCAGAUGGUGACUUCUGGAUAGGCCUUUUGAGAAGCGGAGAUGGCCAAACAUCAGGUGCCUGCCCAGAUCUCUACCAGUGGUCUGAUGGAAGCAGCUCCCAGUUCCGAAACUGGUACACUGAUGAACCUUCUUGUGGAAGUGAAAAAUGUGUAGUCAUGUAUCAUCAACCAACUGCCAAUCCUGGCCUAGGAGGUCCCUACCUUUACCAGUGGAAUGAUGACAGGUGCAACAUGAAGCACAAUUACAUCUGCAAAUAUGAACCAGAGAUUCAUCCAACAGAGCCCGCUGAAAAGCCAUAUCUUACAAACCAACCUGAAGAUACCCAUGAGAAUGUGGUUGUUACUGAAGCAGGCAUAAUUCCCAAUCUAAUCUAUGUUAUUAUACCAACGAUUCCGCUGCUCUUACUGAUACUGGUUGCUUUGGGAACCUGCUGUUUCCAGAUGUUGCAUAAAAGUAAAGGAAGAUCAAAAACUAGCCCAAACCAGUCUACACUGUGGAUUUCAAAAAGCGCGAGGAAGGAAAGUGGCAUGGAGGUAUAAUAAUGAACUGACGUUGUUCUGGAAAAUAAAAAUAGUUUUGUAAUUCUUGAUCAGUGUAAGGAAUGGCAUCAUUACCUUGGAAUGGCUUGAAAUCUCAAAGGAUCUGCAAGAUGAACUGUAAGCUCCCCCUUGAGGCAAAUGUCAACAUUUUUUUUAUAAGUUUAUAGUUUCACUUACAACAUAUGCUGAGUGAGACCUGCUUACUCUCCUAAAGGAAACACCGAAAUUUCAUGUAAAAGAAAUGGACCAUGCGGAUAUAAUUUCUGUGGACCAAUCUGGAAUACCUGUGUUGGGAGUAGUUACUCUUGCUCUCUUUUUUUUUUCAUCUUCAUAAAUUUUGAUCCAUGUCAUGUAACAUAAAUUGUAUCCCAAUUUACAGUGUGUAGAAACAUUCUACCUUUGCAAAAGUGUUUGAUGAAAAUAGUGUUCUGAUAUUUAUAUUUAUGGUAUUUGAUUUUUUACAUAUAUGGUGUUUUCAUUAAAAACUGAAUUCACAUAGACACAAAGAAAUCUUUGCAUAGGGAAAACAUUUCAUGUGUAGGAUAGUUCAUGUUUUGUUUGUUCCAUUUCUUUGCUUUGGGUUCAAUAAAGUUUAGGAAGUAUCUUCAGAAAUAAGAAACUAUUUCAUUGACUGUGCUAUUAAUCUGCUGAAACACUUUACUUAGAGGCAAGAACUGUCUAACUUCAAUUGUGCAAGACACGUGCCUUACAAUUAUUCUUAAUUUAAAAUUAAACAGAUUUUUGUAAUAAAGUAUCUUUAAUAAUACUUCUAUAGACAUCAAUAAAGUUAACCUUGAGAAAAUGGCAUCUGCAGUACAAAUCACAGGUCUUCACAUGUUGCCUAUAAAAUUGCAAAUAGCUCCCCCGAGUGUCAGGAAUCAAUGUGGCUCCUCCCUGUCAAUCAAACAGAAUGACCAUUUGAAGGCUUUGGAGUCAGACAGUUGCUGUUUGGCUGAGUUUUUCCUAACUGAAUUUAGCCUGUAUAAUAUAUAAAGUUCAAUGGUUUCCAGCAGUGUGAUGCUAAGCAGAGCACACUGCUAUUACUGAUUAAAAGAAGAAGAAGAAAAAAAGCAAAACUAUAAAUCACAUCAAUUAAUGGGCCAUGGACUCGAGGUCGCUGAUGUUUGCUUAUCUUUGAUGAGUGUUGUUUGUGGUUGUGAACUGUGGCUUCCUUCUGUCUGAUGGAGUUUCCUCAACACGUAGCGCUUGUUCUUCUCAAGAGAGUUGUAACUAUUUUGUCUUCAAAUGUCCCUGUGCCACUUUUAGCCAAAUAAAGAGUUCUUGUUUC